GGGAAUAAAAAAAAUGCUUGAGCAUAAAUAACUCAUGCGGCGACCUACUCUAAAAAUAGAAAAAUUAGGGAGCUCUUUAGCAAAAUUUUUGAUUAAUAUAAUUGUGAUCUAUUGUACACCAAAAAACUGUCGUCAUAUUUUAUACUAUGAGUAAACGUAACCAUCUACAAGAUAUGUUUUUGGAGUUUGACUGGAAAAAGAUGUUCACCUGGAACUACAUGAAGGGGCUAAUACUGAAUCCGACCCAGCUUUGGUUUAUAGCCACACUGAUCAUCGCUACUGAAUUGAUCGUGAACGUUUUAGUGGUUGAGCGCGUGCCGUACACCGAGAUUGACUGGAAAGCGUACAUGCAAGAAUGUGAAGGUUUCUUAAAUGGAACUUUUGACUACAGCCAACUCCGUGGUGACACCGGCCCCUUGGUAUAUCCAGCAGGAUUUGUGUACAUAUAUUCAUUGUUUUAUUUUCUUACAAGUCAGGGUACAAACAUUAUUCUGGCCCAGUAUUUGUUUAUAGUUAUCUAUUUGUUGCAACUCAUGCUUGUUCUUAGAAUUUAUAUUAAAACCAAAAAGGUCCCACCAUAUGUUAUGGCAUUUACUAUUUUAACAUCUUAUAGGAUUCAUUCUAUUUAUGUACUGCGUCUGUUCAAUGACCCAAUUGCUGUAUUAUUCCUUUAUGCAUCAUUAAAUUUGUUUUUAGAAGACAAAUGGUUCUUGGGUAGUGUUUUCUAUAGUUUAGGAGUUUCAGUUAAGAUGAAUAUACUACUUUAUGCUCCUGGAUUGUUCUUCUUCUACUUGAUAAAUUUGGGCUGGUUUAGAACGAUGCAACAACUAGCUGUUUGUGGAUUUGUCCAGUUAAUACUUGGUGCACCAUUUUUGCUCCAUAAUCCUAUAGCAUAUUUAAAAGGUAGCUUUGACAUUGGUAGAGUUUUCAACCACACUUGGACAGUCAACUACAGGUUUUUAGAUGUUGAUACAUUUGAAAGCAAGUGCUUCCAUUUGACUUUAUUGGCAAUACAUGUUAUACUUCUUCUGAUUUUUUUGCCUUUGUGUACAAAAUAUUUUCAAACAUACUGUCGCUUAAAGUAUGUACAAAAACAAGUCCAGCCUCAAAUUGACUUGGAAAACAAAAAGAACCAGAGAAAAAGCAAAUUUAAAAAAGAACAUAAAGUUAAUGCCGGAAUGGAAGUUGAAAAAUUAACCAAAGAACAAGAAGAAUUUUUGAACUCAUUUGAGAAUAUGUUGCAGAAGUCUUCUCAAAAAAGUGGGAAGAAGACUCACAAAAAGCCUAUUGAAGUGAAAGAACCCGCUAAAUACCACAUUAACUUUGAUAUCUUGUCUCAAAUGUUCAUACUUCCCAUGUUUUUAGUGAACUUCAUUGGCAUUGUGUGUGCACGGAGCCUUCAUUAUCAGUUCUACUCAUGGUACUUCCACAGCUUGCCAUAUCUUUUGUGGUCUACAAAUUUUUCAAUCAUUUUAAAGUUUUUAAUCUUGGCUCUUAUAGAGUUUUCAUGGAAUACUUACCCAAGUACUGUUUUAUCUAGUAUGUUGCUUCAUUUUUGCCACUUGAGUAUAUUAUUAGGGGUGUAUAAAAAAAUCUCAGCAGAACUGAAACUUGCUGCCAAAGUCCAAUAAAAAUAAAAUCAUAAGUAACUAAAAUAUUCUUUAUUGCACCACAAAUAAAACAGAUUCAAGACAGAUAUACUAUGUAAAUAAAGGUUGCAACAGGCAGUCAUAAUAAUUUAAUAUUUUUUAUGUUUUUAGUAAGUUAAUGUAAGUAUUCGCGAUCUUUGAAAAUACAGUUUUUUUCUAAAAUAGGUAAACCUUACUGCAUAGGCAAAAUUAUAUUUUAAUUGCUGUUUAAUGUUAAAGUUUUUAUAACUAGGUUUUUUUUGUGUAACAUACAUACUAACUUCUCAGUCAAAGAAACUUUACAGGGGUGUUGUACAUUCGCCGCCAAAAAUAUGUUUGUAAUAAUAAUAACUACUACUCCUUUGUAAUAACUAAGGCAUUCACGUAGAUAUCUAGGGACUGGCUUUACGGACAAUAAUAAUGAGGAAUGACAGGGGCCAGUACAGCGGUGUGACACUGGUACAACGCGAUUGGUUGAUGAGUUCGCAUCACGCGCGCGAUUGGUUGAUGACUUCGCAUCACGCGCGCUAUUGGUCGCAACUAGUUGCGUUAGACUGCACGAUUCGCUGGAAUUCGUGAGUCACACCGCUAAACUAGUACCAUUUUUAGUGCCCGUAAGGCCAGUCCAUUGAUAUAUAUAUACGUUAAUGAACUAAGGUGAAUUAUAUGACGUAAACACGUCUUUGACAACGAUUGUACGUUUUUUUAUAUAUAAAGCAGGUGUAAAAUAUCAUUAAUUAAACGUUACAUUUUCUUUUUGUGAAAGAAUAUUUCUUUCCUAGGAAUAAUUUUCAUUAGUAAGUACUUAUAUUAUCAUUUAUCACAUGAUGUUUACACGCUAUAGAAUAUAAUAAUGUAGAUAUGCAUCAAGUUUUUAUUAAAAACUAUUAAAUUAGA